GUUGUCAAACAGUACAGUGUGAGGAGAGGAGCAUCCCUCCAGCAGGAGCAUCUUCUCUAAUACAGCAGGAGGCAAUACCACCUAGAGAGUCUUUACUAAACUGGUGUCCAACAGCAGUCCCAUUUACAGACAGUGUUUUAAAUACCUCCUCUAAUCAGACAGACUCCAGAGUAGCAUCUUCCAGUGCGCCUGAAGAACAUGGCACAGCCACGUCUGGCUUCAUUGUGGCUUCUCUUCUGCACCCUCAUCCAAACAAACGCAUUGACAACAUGUGGAACCAACCAGUUCCAGUGUGGGAAUGGGAAAUGCAUCACGGUCAGAUGGGUGUGUGACGGCACAGACGACUGUGGGGACGGCACAGACGAACUUCCCGCUACCUGCAUGGCCAAAACGUGUAGGCCGACAGAGUUCAGCUGUGCGGACCGCCUUAACCAGUGUGUAUCGAGCACCUGGCGCUGUGAUGGAAAAGCUGACUGUGAGAAUGGAGCUGAUGAAGAGGGCUGUGCGCCAAAGCAGUGCACCAGCACAGAGUUCCAAUGCGGGAACGGCCAGUGCGUGUCAUCCUCCUUCGUGUGCGACGAUGAGGCCGACUGCAACGACGGCAGCGACGAGGCCUCCUGCCCGGCCGUCACCUGCAGCGCCGCAUCCUUCCGGUGCAACAACACCAUCUGUGUCCCCCGCCUGUGGGCCUGCGACGGCGACGCCGACUGCCCCGACGGCUCCGACGAGUGGCCCCAGAACUGCGGCACGAAGGCGCCCGACUCUGCUUCCUCUCACCAGUGCUCGUCGCUGGAGUUCCGCUGCGGCAGCGGGGAGUGCAUCCAUGGCAACUGGAAGUGCGACGGAGGAGCCGACUGCCUCGAUCGAUCGGACGAAGCUAACUGUGCACGUUCCACCUGCCGUCCCGACGAGUUCGAAUGCGGCGAUGGCACUUGCAUCCACGGCAGUCGCCAGUGCAACCAUCAGUACGACUGCAGGGACCUGAGUGAUGAAACCGGCUGCGUCAAUGCAACCCACUGCGAGGCCCCGACCAGGUUCAAGUGUCGCAGUGGAGAAUGCAUAAGCAUGGAGAAGGUGUGUGACAGGCAGCGUGAUUGCAGGGAUUGGUCAGAUGAGCCUCUUAGGGAAUGUGGCUCCAACGAGUGCCUGUACAACAACGCCGGAUGCUCUCACAUUUGCAAAGACCUGAAGAUCAGCUUCGAGUGCCUGUGUCCUGCCGGAUAUCGCCUGGUUGACACAAAGCGCUGUGAAGAUAUCGACGAGUGUGCCAACCCGGACACCUGUAGCCAGAUCUGCGUCAACCAGAUGGGCGGUUACAAAUGCCAGUGUGAGGAGGGUUACCAAGUUGACCCAGCAACCAAAGCCUGCAAGGCCAUCGGUACGAUAGCCUACCUGUUUUUCACCAACCGUCAUGAAAUCAGAAAGAUGACUUUGGACAAAAGCGAGUACACCAGAGUGAUCCCCCGUCUGAAGAACGUCGUGGCCCUCGACAUGAACAUGGCCGACAAAGAGAUCUACUGGUCGGACAUUUCCCAAAAGAAGAUCUACAGGACUCAGAUGGACUCGGCCGAAGACGCCACUCAUCACAGCGUGGUCGUCGGUAGCGACAUCGAUGCUCCUGAAGGCAUCGCUUUUGACUGGAUCCACGGCAACCUGUACUGGACUGACAGCGUCCGCGGCACCGUCUCCGUAGUGACCGCUGAUGGUGGCCGCCGCAAAACUCUCUUCCAGCAGGACUUGUCUAAACCUCGCGCUAUUGUGGUCGACCCCCACAGCAACUUCAUUUACUGGACUGACUGGGGGAAUCCCUCUAAGAUUGAGAAGGGAGGUCUUAACGGAGUAGACCGCACCGCCCUGGUCACUGACAACAUUGAGUGGCCUAAUGGAAUUACGCUCGACCUGUUGAACCAGCGGCUCUACUGGGUGGACUCUAAGCUGCACACCCUCUCCAGUAUCGACGUGCAGGGCGGUGGUCGACGCACCCUCAUCAUUGACGAGCACUCGCUGGCCCACCCACUGGGCCUCACUGUGUUUGAGGAAAGAGUGUUCUGGACAGACGUCAGUAACAAUGCCAUCCUCAGUGCAAACAGGCUGACGGGUGAUGACAUCACACCAGUGGCAGAGCACCUCUCGUCACCAGAAGACAUUAUUCUCUACCAUAACCUCAAACAACCUGCUGGGACGGAUUGGUGCCAGGUAUCCGCCUGUGAGUUCUUGUGCCUAGCAGCUCCUCAAGUGGGCAGACAUCCCCCCAAAUACACCUGCGUCUGUCCAGAUAACAUGAUGUUAGCCAGGGAUAUGAGGACAUGUGUAUCCGCUGUGCCAACAACUGCAGCUCCCGUGCCGCCUCAAGUUCCAGCUACCGACCCCCCUCGUCAGCCACCAGCGGAAGCCAGCACCACACCUAAACCCCCGGUCCACACCACACCUAAGCCCCUGGCGCAUACCACCACAGCACGCAUCGUAAUCACCAGCACUACGGCUAGACCACUGCCACGCAGCACCAAGCCUCCUCUGAGGACCACCACACCUGAACCAAAGGCCCCGUCAACCACGCCGGUAAACCCUAAAAUUCCCCAGACCACCACAGGGGCUCCGGUCACCUCUCCAGAUUUUCGACAUGAAUUUGCUGCAGCUAUACCCACCGCCUCCAACACCCCGGUAGCUCUGUAUACUGCAUUACCUCUGGCGAUCGUUUGCCUGGUGGCUAUUGGCGCCGUGCUGCUAUGGAGGAACUACAGGCUGAAGAACACCAACACGAUUCACUUUGACAACCCCGUCUAUCAGAAAACCACUGAGGAGCAAGUGCACAUUUGGAGGAGCCUCAGCCCUGACGGUUACUCCUACCCAAAAAGACAAGUUGUGAGCUUGGAUGAGGAGGCAGACAAUCCAGCCUUCACAGAAAACUGACAAAUGUCGGAGUGGAAAGAAGAGCCUCGAUAAUAAGCUACCUUGGACGUCCUUUUGUAUUUUUUUACCUCACGCAGCACAAAGAUGGAAGUCAAAGCCAGUAUCAGAACCACUGUAUCCUCACAGACAGCAGGCGCUCUACAGUAGAAAAACCAGGGUGAAACAUAUUUUCAGUUUGCACAUUUUUUUUUUUACCAUCACGUUGACAAUCCAUUCCUCACCAAAUCAUACCAAAACAGCAGACGAUGGAUUCCUCAAACUAACAUUUUUUCACUCUUUAUCCUAAGUGUGACGCCGAUGAUACAACUGGAGAACUGUGUCACUGUUAAAGCCACAUCAUUUCUUGUCUUUCACGCACCAGUUUAACUGAGCUAUUUUGAUGCAACUUUUAAUUGGGAAUUCCCUCUAACGUGUGUAAGGUAGAAUUCAUACGAGUUUUGUAAAUAUCACUGUUUUUUUUUCUUUUUUCCGUCUGUUCAUGGAACGUUAUCAAAGCUUAUUUGCUUUUUUUGGCCACUCAUGUUUGGAUGGUAAAUAUAAAGCUGUAUUUGAGCGACAAAAGCAACAAAACAGCCAAGCGUGGCCAGCAUUGUUGCAAGCAUUGUUGCCGAGUCGCCAUUGGAGUUUCGCUCAAGAACUCGUUGACGUAGUUAUGACGUUAAACAGCACUGGGAACUGGCUAACGGCAUUUAUUUUUAGACGGAACGGAACAAGGUUGAAACAAAAACACGUGAUUGGUUGACUCUUGACUGCGUCAUUGGGGAGACCAGCUCAACUUUAUUUGUAGCGUGUCACGCCCGUCACGAAGCGACAAGCGUCGGGCGUCAGUUUGUAGCUUCAUGUCACUGACUUCCAUUGAAAAUGACUUGCGGCCUGUUGCCGUGUCGCUCGUAGUGUGAACGCAGCAUAAGGUUACCAUCAUGGAUGUAGCUACCACGAGAAGCCGGUUAGCUUAGAUUAGCUGAAAGACUGGAAGCAGGGGCAAACAGCCGGCCUGGUUAGAAUUUUAGUUUUUAUACUUUUUGAUCGGUGGUUUUUGUACAGAAUAGGUAAACACGAUAUCACAUGUUUUUCAGCGAGCUUUAGAGACGCUGGUUGGCUUAUUUUGUUACCUUCAUCUACAUAUUAAACAAACAGAUACAUGAGUGGUAUCAUUCAUCUCGUAUAAGUCUCGACAAGAAAGCAAAUAAGUGUACACUUGAACAACAAACGAAGAAAUGUGUCCAGUACUUAGUGAGCUUUAGAGGGGCUAGUAGGUGGAUUUUGUUCCCUUUGGACAGAGCCAGGCUAGCUGUUUCCCCUGUUUCCCAGUCUUUAUGCUAAACUAAGCUACCCUUUGGCUCCAGCGCCAUACUUAACGCACAACAUGAGCGUGGAAUCAAUCUUCGCAUCUAACUCGAGUGAAUUUAAAGUACAGCAUACAGUCGGUGAAUGUAAUACUGUACUAAUAUGAAUUAUGCACGUGCCAGUUUAACCGGUGUGACCUCAAUAAGUCUAAAUGAUGUAUGUGUGUAACACCAGUCAUCGCCUCAGUAGUGGAACAAAAAUAUCACCCAAAGUGACCUAAAGACACCGCUGUAGUUAAUCUCAAAGACUACACAAUGCACACUGUGUCCGUGCCUUGAGUUAUACUGUGCUCCGUGAUAGCCUUCGGAUUCCACACACCACCAUAUGGUCACAACACAAGGUUUCUUCGGCAGCUGUCUUUUGUUUUCCGAGUUUCUCCGGACAGUUUUUCAGCUCCAUUCUCCUGAUUUGUGAUCGGCUGUCUGUGCAUUGGAAGGACAUCUUUAAAUUUUCCCUCCCUAUACCCCUCUGGGGGAGGACCAGUGCAUUCCUCAAAGACAGAAAGGCUUUGAUGCAACCACGUGUGACCAGUGGGGCCGCGUCUAAUGCUCUGUACCCCCGCACGUGUAUAUUUACAUCCUCCCUCAGGACCAGAACUUCAACUUGCCUCCAGCAUUCCUCACAAACGAAGCCACGUGCCCCAUCAUGGUUUUUAAAAACACACUUCUCACCAGCUAUUUGAGCUCCUUCAUUUGAAUUGCCGACAAAUGUGUGCCUUCUUAAUGACAUAUUACAGUCACAUGUUCAUGUUGGUGCUAUUGAACUCAGUGGAUAUGUAUAAAAACAAUGCGUCUUCCUGUUUACAGUGAAUUGGUUGAGUGUUACAUGCAGGUGAGGUUACACCUAACAAAGACGUUAUUGUGAUGUGGGUUAAUGACCAUUGUGAGGCUUUUAGGUAGAAAACAUUCAUAAGUGCUAGUGAAGCUGUACAUAAUGUCAUUUUACAAUCACUGACUAACAGUGCAGAUUAAGCGUGUAAAUAUAAUGUUCAUAAAUGUAAAUAUGUUUUCUUUACUGUUUUUUUGGAAAUAAUGUCAGUGUUUUAGACUUUGUUGUAAACUUUAAACAUUUUCUGUACAUAAAUAAAUGCUUCUAUUUAUUAUAGAA